AUGAAAGAGGUGAACCCUCUUGAUAAUCCUCUUAAAAGGCAGACAUACCAACCAAGACGAACACAAAGUUCAGACCUUGAAACUACCCAUCUUUUGAUUUUGCAAGAGCUGUCAACCAACUUUGUUGUUCUUGGUUUGCAAUGGUUCCAGGAGAACAUCAAUUUGGUUGAGAAGGUACUCAAUGAGCAGCAGAAAGCUCUGUUAAAAUCUCAAGAGCAAAAGAAAGACCUGAGAAAACAGCUUGAGAAAAGUGAAGCUCGAAACAAAGAUCUUGAGAAAGAACUUGAGAAAUGUGAGGCUCAAAAUAAAGAGCUUAACAAUAUAGUCUUAGACCAGCAUACAGCCUUGUCAAGCUAUGAAGAUCAGAUCAAGAAUCUAAAGAAAGAACUGGAUCAGGUUGGCUCUCAUGAGUCGAGGAGUGAAAUUAUGACCAAAGAGCGCAAUGACUUGAUUAGCAAGUACAAUUACAACCAAGCAUUGAAGCAGCGAGACUCAACCUUAGCAAAGUUGAACACCAUUGGAGCAGAGCUACAGGAGGCACAAAAUGACUUGGAAUUAGGCAAGAAGGUUUGGGAUGCUGAGAGGAUAGCUUUGGCUGAGAGGCUUUCUAAUGCAAAGCAGGCAUGGGAGGCUGAGAAGAUAGCACUGAUUGAUAAUAUUUUGACAAAAGAGCGUCAGGACUCCACUUUCAAAUACAACCAAGCUUUGAAGGAGCGAGACACCGCCUUGAGUGAGCUGAAAAACCUGGGAGUAAAGCUGAAGGGGGUCCAAAAAGACUUGUACAAGUCCAAUGAUGAGUUGGAAUCAGGAAAGAAGAAGCUCGACAUGGCCUUGAACGAACUGAAGAUCUUGGGAGCACAGCUAAAUGGGGUCCAAAAGGACUUGUCCAAGUCGCAGGCUAAGUUGGAAUUUGGUAAGAAGGUGUGGGAGGCUGAGAAAAUGGAACUGACUAAGAAGCUUAACAGGUUUGGAACAGAGAUAAAGGAGAUCAGAGAGGAGUUGUCUGACUUGGCCAAGAUCCACGAGAAGCACAUUCAAGAAAAUGAGAAUGCAUAUUGUGCAGGGUACCUGACUGGAUGGUUCAGGGAGCCCCAUGAAUAUGUUUCCCUGCGAAGCCAUGAGGCCAAGGAAGUUGCUCUUCCGGUUCAUAAACCUCUGGAGGCCACAUCUUCACUUUCUCAUUCUCGUGCCUUAAUUAGACGUUUCGGAAGUGCUGGUCCAUAGAUGCUGAUAUUCUGUUUUUGGGAUGUGUAAUAUGUCAUCUGUAUAUGAUUAGGUUUGAGUGUUGGGGAUUUAUAGCUCAACCUAAUUAGGUACUGUAGUUCUGUUGGUUCAAUAAACUGAACAGAGCAGUUAAGGUUUAAUCAAGAUGGGUCUUAUUAAUGAAGCAAAUAUUUUGCCUUUAUAAGCAAGCUAAUAUAUAUACAUUUUCAUCCCAGUGAACUUCAUGGAUAAUACCAGUGCUUUUACUACAAUUUAUGCAUUCACAUUUAUCCGAUC